CAACAACGAUCUCGAACUGCAACAAAGAACGUUUUGGAACCAACAAAGCAAUCUGAUGGCGAAGAACUCACUCGAAAACAUCAAAUGAGUGAUGAAGCUGCCACUAAACGAAUACGAACUUGUCCAAUUAGGAUGGCAGCCAAGAGAAGUUUACCAAAAAAAGAAUCGGCACCAAAUAUGGAUGAUGAAGGCGAUAAACUCACAAAAGAUCCACAGUCAACAGUAGCGAGUGUUUCGAAGCAGGACAAACCCGGUGAGAAAAAGGUCGAGACUCGUAGACGCUCGCCACCCAAGAGAUCUGUUAAUGAAGUCGGUUUAUUUUUCCAUCCUUUAUUGAGCAUUUUUUGA